GGUUUCCAAAACAGUAGCAACUUAGUAAGUUACUCGUUUUAAUAAAGCAUUUAAUCUAUAAAGUCAUUAAAAGAAUCUUAUACGAGUGUAUAAUUUUGUAAGGGUAGGGCAUAUUUGACGGGGAUCGUCAAGUUUAAUAUGAUACAAGCUGUCGUUUACCAGCUACAUGAGGUAUUGAACAUAACAGGGUAUAGCAGACAAAGACCCUUUUUUAUUACUGAUUGAAUCCAAAAUUUUUUCAAUUACGCAUGCAAUUGAUCGAUUCUCUUUUAUGAGGACAAGGAUUAACUGAAAGAAAACAGGAAGACGUAAGGAGGAACAUAGUUUGAGCAUUCUCGCAUGUCAGAUAAAUCUUAGGACGGAAAGCUACUAGCAUUAGUAUCAAAAAUGAACGAUACUAGUGACCUCAUGGGGCUUUCUAUGAAUUCAAGCAGAGAGGAUCAAGCUAUAUUGUCCGACGAGUCUUCAGCAUUUCAGAGCCAUGAUAAUUCCAAAAUCUCAUCAGAGUUUGAGUUAGAAGACGUUUUAGAUUUGUAUAAUGAUACUACUGAUGAUGCAGACGACAUAGAGGACACAGGUCCUUUUAUGCUUUCACCAUCUUCAAGUAUUUCCAGCCGGAGUAGCAAGGAUCUUAAUUCAUUUAUUUAUCCGAUUUACCGAAGCCAGCAUAUUAACAAUAAGAGAAACGAAGGUGAAAGUGAAGAUGAAAGUGAUUUCGACACAGUUGUGUCUAACGAGCUUGAAGCUUACUCUACCUGUGGUUUCAUCACAAACGAUUCAACAAAAACAGAUCUUACAAAUAUUUCAAAGCAUAAUCUGACGGAUAAUGUGAGGUUGUCAUGGGAACUUUCGGAGAAUAAAGACUCGUUGGCGAUGAAUGAAUUUGCAGCUACCAACCAUGACCAUUUUUCGUCUAAAACUUCUACCAAAACUAAUUUUACAAUUAAAUAUAAUGACGAUGAAAAAGAUUUUUCUUCUAAGAUUUAUAGUGACAACCUUACGUUUAAAAUCAACUCUAUUAAUUGCGAUAUCAAAAAUGAUGAUGGACCACUUUCUCAAAUAUUUCGGUGCUUUAAUAACUUUAAACAAUCCAGCUCUGAAUGGGACAUGUAUGGAUUUAAAAAGAAAGGUCCGUUUACAUCUAUUGAUCAGUAUGAUUCCUGGUUCGAAGUAUACAAUCAGUAUUUGGAACGACGUGAACAAAAAUGGAAGCAACUACUAGCUGAAAAUGGAAUUGACUAUUUUAAGGGUACCCCAGAAGUAUUUCCUAGUCGUAGUGCGAAGGUUCAAAGGUUUAUACGGAAAGGUAUUCCUUACGAUCUUCGUGGAAAUGCUUGGUUUUAUUAUAGUGGCGGGUAUGAGCUUUGCAAACGGAAUCCGAAGCUUUAUGAAACUUUAUGGAGGUGUUCUUGUAUUCGCAAGCCUUCUGAUUCUGACUUGAUUGAGCGUGAUCUAUAUCGAACGUUUCCUGAUAAUAUAUAUUUUCGGAGUAAACCAGAUCAACCUUUGGACCCGACGGGUGCACCUGAAGAAGACUCGGGAAUUAUCAUGAUUGCAAAACUUCGCCGUGUUCUCAUGUCAUUUGCUACAUAUCUUCCAGAGAAUGGUUAUUGUCAGAGUCUCAAUUUCCUUGCUGGAUUUUUUUUGUUGUUUAUGAGUGAAGAGAAGGCAUUUUGGAUGCUUGUUAUUACUUGUCGAAAAUAUUUGCCCAGAAUGCAUGAUGCUAAUUUGGAAGGUGCAAAUAUCGAUCAGAGUGUUUUAAUGGCUUCUGUAAGGGAAAGCCUUCCUGCUGUUUGGAGUCGUAUUAAUUUAAACUUUGAUGGUAUGCCAGUCAAUGAUAUUGUUGCCAAGCUACCCCCUAUUACCCUUGUUACGGCAGCAUGGUUUAUGAGUGCUUUUGUAGGUGUCUUGCCAACCGAAACUACCCUUCGCAUAUGGGAUUGCUUUUUUUAUGAAGGAAGCAAAGUUUUAUUUAUGACUGCUUUAUGUAUCCUGCGUUUGGGGGAGGAUGAAAUAAAAUCGAAAAAAGAACAAACAGACGUGUUCCAAGUCAUUCAAGAUCUUCCGAAGUCAUUAUUGGAUGCCAACGCUUUUGUAUCAUUGCUAUUUCGUCGGAAUUUUCGAAGGAGUCCUUCACAAAAAGACAUUGACCGCAGACGCCAGAAAAUUGCAAAAAAACGGAGGAAAACAGUAACUCAAAUAGAAGGUCAAGAAGCCGAAAUGCAAAAUCAUGUGCCUACGAGAUCGUCUUCGCGUUUCAAAGGUUCUCAUUUGAUUUCGCAACUACAAAGUCAUCUAAAAAAAGCAUCGUAGCAUAUCUUAUGAUAUGUUUAACAUGAAUGUGAUAUGUUUUCAUUCCCGUUUUGUUUGUAUUUUACUCUCUCAAUUGUUUGUUGUUUUGGUUUUUACCUUCCUUAUUCCGCUUAUUUGCAGGUCGGCUGUAACAUCUUUGAAAUUUAACUUAUGUUAUCUAUUAUGUUUGAUACGAACUAACAGUAUAUUUUAUUCACUCGUUUAUUAUCAGGAAAUCAACUUGGGUUAUUUUUAUUUUCAAACUUCUUAUUUCGCAAGUAUAUUAUUUACAACCAUAUGUAUAGAUUUAUUGUAGACUAUUUUUAGCUCUAAUGGCUUCUCCCUCG